ACAUGCGUGUGAGUGAAGGAAAAGCAGGAAAUGGAGUUUGAAAGCAGUGAAUGGAAGGAAGUGAAGCAAGUAAUAAUGAGAGGGUAUCAGAUUCAGAUCCACCGUCACCAUCACCACUUCACCACUAACCUCAUUCUGUAACCCCCACCGCACCACAUUCACUUCAGAUCCAAACACAAUGAAGGACUCAAACACUAGCAAUAGCAAUAGCAGUAACAAUAGCAGAACCGAACCCAUUGGCCAAAACAUCAUAAAACUCAUAAGCAACCUCUGCUUCUCUUUCUUCGUCUUCUCCGUCCUAAUCUUCACCGUCAUCGCCAUAACCUACCAACCCCCCGACCCAUGGCUCCAAUCCACCCCAGCCCUAACCAACCUCUUCACCCAAUCCCAAAACGCCACCUUUCGCAUCGACUCCUCCGUCCUCAAAACCGGCGAGGACCUCGCCCCCACGCCGCAGGACCCUCCCCUCCCUCCUCCGCCCCCCGCCGCCGUCGCCGUCACCGAAGCCGUCAUUGAAAAAAUCGAACAAAAACUCGCCAAUUCCACUGCCAAUUCCACCGCCGAUUCCACCGCGCCGCUUCCCUCUCCCCCUAGUUGCGAUGGAACCCUAAACUGCUCCGACCCUCGCAUGCUCAUUGCGGUUCAGAGAUUUAACCUCCGCGCGUUCAAGUCCAUCGCUUUCUUCGACUACCAGCCGCCGGUGAAGGGCCCCGCCGCCGGCGAGUGCGACAUCGCGUGGCGCUUCCGGAACAAGCGCGAGCGGUCGUGGCGCAAGUACCGUGACUUUCGCCGCUUCAAGAUCGGCAUCACCGACGAUUGCCGCUACAAGGUGGUCCACGCCGGCGGGUGGCACUCCGGCGUCAACGCGCGCCGCAACGUGACGCGGACCGGCGCCGGCAGGGGUAAGACGGCGCCUCCGCGGGUUUCGACCCGGGAUGAUGAGAUCAAUGACACGAUUCCCACUUUGGGAUCGGAGAGUAACUUUAGGAAUGGGAAGUAUUUGUAUUACUCGCGUGGUGGGGAUUAUUGCAAGGGGAUGAAUCAUUAUAUGUGGAGUUUCUUGUGUGGGUUGGGUGAAGCUAUGUUUUUGAAUAGAACUUUUGUUAUGGAUUUGAGUGUUUGUUUGGCUGCAACUUAUAACCCUAGUAAUAAGGACGAGGAAGGGAAGGAUUUUAGGUACUAUUUCGAUUUCGAGCAUUUGAAGGAGUCGGCUUCCAUUGUGGAGGAGGGUGAGUUCUUGAGAGACUGGAAGAAGUGGGAUAAGACUCAUUUGAAGAAGAAGAAGGUUCCUGUUAGGAAGGUUGUCACUCACAAGGUGACUCCUAUGCAGCUUAAGAAAGAUAAGAGUACGAUCAUUUGGAGGCAGUUUGAUGCCCCUGAGCCUGAGAAUUAUUGGUAUAGGGUUUGUGAAGGUGAGGCUGCUAAGUAUAUUCAGAGGCCUUGGCAUGCUUUGUGGAAAUCCAAGAGGUUGAUGAAUAUUGUUACUGAGAUCAGUGGAAGGUUGGACUGGGAUUUUGAUACUCUCCAUGUGGUUCGAGGAGAGAAAGCUCAGAACAAGGAGCUGUGGCCUCAUUUGGAUUAUGAUACAUCACCGGAUGUUCUUCUUGAGAAGCUUAAAGGGAUGGUUCAGCCUUGGAGGCAUUUGUAUAUUGCCACCAAUGAGCCUUAUUACAAUUACUUUGAUAAGUUGAGGUCAAAUUACAAGGUCCAUUUGCUUGAUGAUUAUAAGGAGUUGUGGGGAAAUAUGAGUGAGUGGUACAACGAGACGAGUUCUCUCAACAAUGGAAAGCCUGUUGAGUUUGACGGGUACAUGAGAGUGGCAGUGGAUACAGAGGUCUUUUACCGUGGAAAGACACGAGUGGAAACUUUCUAUAAUUUGACUAAAGAUUGCAAGGAUGGAGUUAAUACAUGUUGAUCAGGUUGGCACUCCUGAUUUUGAUGCUUAUUCACAAUACAUGGUACAAUCGGGCCUUGCUUUUCGACUCAGUUUCAGAUCCAUACCAUGGGGUGAAAUAUGAGAUUAUUGUUGUACUUGCUUGUUCUUUUAUUGGAUUGAUGAUUUAUGCUGAUUGUCAUGAUUUUGUAUACAUACUAUAGAAUCCCUUUCUUUCCUCUUUUCAAUUUACUCAAGUUGCUAUUCUUUA